UAAAGAAAAGGGGACCCUUUAGUAGUACUACUUCCUUCUCUCUCUCUCUAUCCUCUCUCUCUCUCUCUCUCUGUGUCAUCGUGGCAAAGCAUUCUUAAAUGUUCGGACACGUUCCUAUUAAUGAACAGAUCCCAAAUCAUAUUCCUAAAUUCACCAAUUAAUUUUAGAAUUGGUAAUAGUACUUCCCAAAGACAGAAAAACCCAAUUUCCAGAAUCUCCCCCAAGGCGGUGAUUCAUUGGGAACAGUGCUGAAGAUAAUAUCAACAAGAAGAAUCCACCCACCGCUUUGAAUAGAAGAACAGAGGGAAAAACAGAGAAGUAGGAAGUACAAAAACAGGGGGAAAUUAAGAGAGGGGAGUAAUGGUAGAGACCGGAAACCACCAGCACCAGCCGCCGCCGGUUGCUCCGCCGCCCAUGCAACAGCCACUUGGUGGCGCUAGGGGCCCUCUUUACGCUCCAUCUGAGCAACUCCUUCAGCUCCACUACUGCAUCCACUCUAACCCUUCUUGGCCAAGAGCCGUUUUAUUGGCUUUCCAACACUAUAUUGUGAUGCUUGGAACCACAGUUAUGAUCGCCACUUAUCUUGUUCCUCGCAUGGGUGGGACUAAUGGUGAUAAAGCCCGAGUGAUUCAAGCUUUGUUGUUUACAUCGGGAAUAAAUACUCUUUUUCAAACAUGGAUUGGGACAAGGCUUCCUACUGUGAUGGGCCCUUCAUUUUCUUAUGUCCUCCCCGUGUUGUCGAUUAUCAAAGAUUACUUCGAUAACAACAACUUCACUUCAGAGCAUGAGAGGUUCCUUCACACAAUAAGAACUAUUCAAGGAUCAUUGAUAGUCUCUUCUAUAAUCAAUAUCCUGAUUGGAUACGUAAAGGUUUGGGGGAAGUUUACAAGGCUCUUCAGUCCUAUUGUCAUUGUACCAGUGGUAUGUGUCGUGGGUCUUGGUCGGUUUGCAAUGGGCUUCCCGCAGCUUGCCAAUUGCGUGGAGAUUGGUCUGCCGAUGCUUAUAUUACUUGUGGCCUGCCAGUAUUUGAAGCACGUUCAUCCUAUUGCUCAUGCAGUACUUGAGAAGUUUGCUUUGCUUAUCUGCAUUGGUUUAGUUUGGGCAUAUGCUGCCGUUCUCACUGUAGCCGGUUCUUACAACAAUGCCAAAACUAAUACUCAGCAGAGUUGUCGCGUAGACCGUUCGUAUCUUUUGGAAUCUGCUCCAUGGAUCAAAAUCCCGUAUCCUUUCCAGUGGGGUACUCCAAUAUUCAGAGCAAGUCAUGUCUUUGGGAUGUUUGGUGCUGCACUUGUUUCAACUGCAGAGUCCACGGGAACGUUCUAUGCUACAGCACGGCUUGCAGGUGCUACAUUUCCUCCAAUUCAUGUGAUUAACAGAGGCAUUGGUCUACAGGGUAUUGGGCAGCUGUUUGAUGGGUUAUUCGGUGCUGUAGUUGGUACCACUGCUUCAGUUGAAAAUGUUGGCCUUCUCGGACUGACUCACGUUGGGAGCAGAAGAGUGGUGCAGAUAUCAACCGCUUUCAUGAUCUUUUUCUCCAUAUUCGGAAAAUUUGGAGCCUUUUUUGCAAUGAUACCUUUGCCAAUAUUUGCUGCCAUGUACUGUGUCCUAUGGGGCAUUGUUGCUGCUGUUGGGAUUUCGUUCAUUCAAUUUGCAAACACCAAUUCCUUGCGAAACAUUUACGUUUUGGGCAUUUCUCUGUUCCUUGGAAUAUCAAUACCGCAAUAUUUUACCAUGCACACUGAUGACGCCGGACAUGGACCUCUUAGAACAAGUGCUGGAUGGUUCAACGACAUAGUGAACACAUUAUUCUCCUCGCCUCCUGCCGUGGCGAUGAUUGUCGGAACGCUGCUGGAUAACACUCUCGAUGCACACAAAAACCGGAACGAGAGGGGGAUUCCAUGGUGGACUCCAUUCCAGAACAGGAAGGGAGAUAGCAGAAAUGAAGAGUUCUACAGUUACCCUAUUAGAAUGCAUGAGUGGAUCCCUAGUAGGUUUCUUUAGAACACUUUUGACACUUUUACAUGCCUGUACAGUACUUGUGUAAAAUUACCCAAGUGUGUUUUAUUUUAGAACACUUGACACUUUUACAUGCCUGUACAGUACUUGUGUAAAUUACCCCAAGUGUGUUUUAUUUGCUGAGAGGCGGAAUUCCAAGCGAGAUAUAAAGGGCUGUAGUUGUUCGUGUAUUUCGACUGUUUUGGAGCAGAUUGUGGAAUAGAUUGUCAAAAAUGCACCAUUGAACUGGAGAAUGCAAAAUUCAAAAACAUUCUGAUCGUAA